UUUGACGUUAUAGAAGAUACAAUAAUAAUUAUAGAAUGAUUACGGUGUACCUUUUUUGAUAGGUUAUCCCAAACGAAAUAAUCAUGUACAGAGAGGAACAGACGUGUUUUUAAAAUGAUUGUGCCCAGUUGGAACCUGCCUUUAUCCAGAAAUUAAAUAAAUUAUGCAGAAUAAGCUAAACGUGGCUGUUCGUUUUUGCGUGAUCAGUGUAUGACCACCUAUACCGAUUGGAACAUUUCGUUUACCAAUUUCAUUCCCGGUACUCCAACAACAUAAUAAUAAGUAAUCAUGUUACUAAAAACGGAAUAUUAUUUCAUUUUAUGUACAUUCCUUUGCUGUUACUGUUUCACAGAUGCACAAGUUUUAGAGGGGUUAAAAGAUGCUGUUCUCACUGCUGAAGGAACACUAGGGGACAUAUUUAAAUCCUUGCACUCAAUUGCAAAUCAUUUUAAAUUUACAAAGGAAGUUUGGGAGGAUUCUGUAGAAGAAGAAUGUAUAUUUACAUGUCCUGGAGGAACCUCUCCAAAAAAGAACAAGUAUCAUAAACCUACCAGUAAUGGUUGUGGAGUUCCAGCACUGAAGAUCGACUCACAGUUACUACCGAUGAGCGAUAUGACCAAAUGUUGUGAUCAGCAUGAUAUAUGCUACGGCACUUGUAAUCGGGACAAGGAUGAGUGUGAUUUGACUUUCAAGAAAUGCCUCUACAGAUUAUGUGACAAUUCCAAGGCAUUCUCUUCUACAAAGUCUCUAGAUGCAGCAAUGGGUCAGAGCCAGGAAGAGUGCAAGACUGCAGCUAAGGUGCUGUACUCAGGAGUUCUGAUGUUUGGCUGUAAGUUCUACAAAACCUCACAGGAAGAGGCUUGCUACUGCCCACCUCCCCGGAAAUUUCCAGGAGAUGAAUUAUAAUACUUUCCUGCCUGCAGUUAGGCUUUUAAUUACAAAUUUACAGGAAUGAUAUAAUCAACUUCAAAAAUUUUAGUUCGCUGUUUUAAAUACAGAUUGCAAAAUCAAAACCAAAGGUUAUACAAUAUAAUAUUUAAACGGAUUGUUCUUGUAGUUUUGCACAGUUAUUUUCUGAUUUUUGCAAGAACAUGAUUGUUUUAAUUGUAGUUAAGGUAUAUAUUGUGACGCUUAAAGCGAUAUUGGUUCUUUGUACAGUAGUUUCCCAACAGAACCUUUGUGUUGUGAGCUGCUAUUAUUACGCUUACUACUUUAAUUUUAUUUUUGUUAAUAAUAUUGAAUGUUCGGUCGUUUUUUACCCACAAGCUUUGUGUUUUAUGCAAUAAAUAAACAUUUUAGUAAUA